AUGGUCGGAAGACUCGCUGGAAAGAACGCCAUCGUCACCGGCGCCGCCGGUGGCAUCGGCCUUGAAACCACCAUCCUCAUGCUGCGCGAAGGCGCCUCCGUGCUGAUGACCGACAUCAGCGGCCCCGGUCUCGAGAAAGCCCUGGCAAAGGUGCAGUCGGUGGUGCCCCAGCGCGAGGGAAAGGUCGAGACUCGCGUUGUCGACGUGUCGAAGGAGGACCAGGUGGAGGGGGCCGUGGCACACCUCGACGCCUGGGGCGGUGUGGACGUCAUGUUCAACAACGCGGGUAUCAUGCACGCUGACGACGCCGACGCAACCUCCACGCCCGAGAGAAUCUGGGAUAUGACGAUGAACAUCAACGUGAAGGGCGUCUGGUUCGGCUGCAAGCACGCCGUGCAGAGUUUCCGCAAGCACGGCAAGAAGAAGGCCAGCGUCAUCAACACGGCCAGCAUGGUCGCCCUGGUCGGCGCGGCCACCCCGCAGCUGGCCUACACCGCCAGCAAGGGCGCUGUCUUGGCGUUGACGCGCGAGUUGGCCAUUGUGCAUGCCCGUGAGGGUUUCCGGUUUAACUCGCUCUGCCCUGCUCCUCUCAACACCCCCCUGCUGCAGGACUGGCUCGGCGACGACAAGGAGAAGCGCUUCCGUCGUGAGGUGCACUUCCCUACCGGUCGCUUCGGCGAGGCCAUCGAGCAGGCGCACGCGGUUGUCUUCCUCGCCAGCGACGAGAGCAGCUUCGUCAACGCCACUGACUUUGUGGUUGAUGGCGGUCUGACCAAGGCGUAUGUCACGCCCGAGGGUCCCGCCACUGAGGCCCCCAAGAACCUGGGACAACCAAAGGUCUGCACCAUCGUAGUCAGCCUCUGGCGGAGCGUGUCCUGUUGUUCCGGGUCUGAUAAGCAGGAUCCGACGACAACUAUAGGCCAGCACAAGCCCGAGUUGAUCCGCACCGUCGCAGAUAGCUGCGUCAAGUAUGACAUCGCCUCUGCGAUCGCCGCGUCCACUAGUCCCUGGUACAUCCCAGACGCAGACCGUGAGAACCCGCUCAGCGCCGUAUACAAGUAG